AUGGUGAAGAGGAGCAAGAAGAGCAAUAGCAAGCGCGUCACGCUGCGGCAGAAGCACAAGGUGCUGCGCAAGGUGAAGGAGCACCACCGCAAGAAGCGCAAGGAGACCAAGAAGGAGAGCAAAGCCGGCGGCCAGCGGAAGAAGGUCGAGAAGGACCCCGGGUUCCCCAACGAGUGGCCCUUCAAGGAGCAGGAACUCAAGGCGCUCGAGGCCCGACGCGCGCAGGCGCUCCAGGAGCUCGAGCUCAAGAAGGCGGCUCGCAAGGAGAGGGCUCGGAAGAGGAAGCUAGGAUUGCUUGAGGAUGAGGACAUUGCUAAUUUGGCAUCUGCAGCUUCCGUGCAGGGCAGUGAGUUUGCAGCAAAGGAUAAUGCUCCUUCAGCAGUGGCAAAGGGCAACGAUCAUUCUGAGAGGUCUUUCUACAAGGAGCUUGUUAAAGUAAUUGAAGCUUCCGAUGUGAUUCUUGAGGUUCUUGAUGCAAGGGAUCCGCUGGGCACCCGUUGCAUUGACAUGGAAAAGAUGGUUAGGAAGGCUGAUCCAAGUAAACGGAUUGUACUGCUUCUCAACAAGAUAGAGAAUCUAAUCAGAUUGCUCAAGAAUUAUUCCAGAAGCCAUGAGCUCAAACUGGUAAUUACGGUGGGUAUUGUUGGACUUCCUAAUGUUGGCAAGAGCAGUCUGAUCAACAGCCUGAAGAGGUCCCGAGUGGUUAAUGCUGGUUCCACUCCAGGGGUUACUAGAUCAAUACAAGAAGUUCAAUUAGACAAGAAGGUGAAGUUGUUGGAUUGUCCCGGUGUUGUUAUGCUCAAAUCUUCCAACAGUGGUGUGUUUGUAGCCCUUCGAAACUGCAAAAGAGUUGAGAAAAUGGAAGAUCCAGUCACUCCUGUUAAGGAGAUCCUAAGUAUUUGCCCACAUGAGAAGUUGCUGUCUCUGUACAAGGUUCCAAGCUUCGGUUCAGUUGAUGAUUUCCUUCAGAAAGUAGCAACUAUACGGGGGAAAUUGAAAAAGGGUGGUGUAGUGGAUGUUGAAGCUGCUGCGAGAAUUGUGCUUCAUGACUGGAAUGAAGGUAAAAUACCAUAUUUUACACUGCCACCUAAAAGAGAUGCUGGAGAGGGCUCAGAUGCAGUGAUUAUAUUAGAAGAUGGGAAAGAAUUUAAUAUUGAUGAUAUUUACAAAGCUGAGUCUUCAUAUAUUGGUGGGAUUGAUGAAGAGAUGCUAGAGGAUGGCAAGAAACCGAGUGAACCCGUCCAGGAAACUGACGUGAAUGGUCGCGAAGGAAGCAAGGCAGCCAGUGCUAGCACACAGAACGACAAGUUGUACACUGCCGAGGGCAUACUCGACCCUCGCAGGAGGAAAGCAGAGAAGAAACGACGCAAGGCGAACAAGUUCAGCGUGCUGAACGACAUGGAUGCGGACUAUGAUUUCAAGGUGGAUUAUCAGAUGGAGGACGCGGCGGCCGCUGGUGAGGACUGUGAGAGCAACGGCGCACACGCAGAUGAUGAAGAUGGGGACGGAGCCAAGGAUAAUGAACCGAUGACCAGUGUCGAUGAUGCGUGA